GUGCUUUUAGGUAAAAAACCAUUCUAUCGAACACUCCUGCCACUAAGCCAGCUCUCUCCAAUAAACCCUUGAGUCACCUCCUUCCUCGCUCCGGUGCCUAGGGUUUUAUCAGUGUUUCUGUCGUUCUUCGGCCAGAGCUAACAGAGAAGGGAAGGAACUCGCGGAAGCCGAAGGAAAGGCAGCCAUGGCUUCCACCAAAGUCCAGAGGAUCAUGACCCAACCUAUCAAUCUUAUCUUCAGGUUUCUUCAGAGCAAAGCUCGCAUCCAGAUCUGGCUCUUCGAGCAGAGGGAUUUGACGAUCGAAGGGCGGAUUAUAGGUUUUGAUGAGUACAUGAAUUUGGUGCUGGAUGAUGCCGAUGAACUUAACAUUAAGAAAAAGACCAGAAAGCCACUGGGGAGGAUUCUCUUGAAAGGAGACAACAUAACUUUGAUGAUGAACACUGGGAAAUGAUAACUGCUUGAAGUAGGUUUAUCUGGAAGUACAUGGUGGCCGAUUUUUUAGCAUUUCGAAGCUUUGUUAGUGCGCCUUUUCAACUUGCUUUCGUAUGUGAUUUUAGAAACCUUCUGUAUGGAUAUUUGACCUGUGUGAUAGUUACCUAUUUUGGAUUGAACUGCAGUAUUUGAAAAGAUACUGUACCCGAGGUAUCUUUAGGUGUGCUCGGUGCUCAAAUCAAAAAGCUUGGUUGUGGAGGUUUAGGUAGAACCGUCAUAUGCCCCUGUAUUCUGAUUGCUAAUCUUGAAGUCAUUAUCUGUGAGAUCCCAUUCGUUUCGCACGCUAUUCAACAGACGGUGCUUCUGGAAUCGUGCAUGCUCAGAUGUCUGUGACGGGGUUGGAUACCCUAAAUGUAAUCUUUAUUAGAACUUUGAGUUCUUCGAAGUGGAUUGAACUUAGUGACAGACUAUGACAAUCUUAAAGAAGGAGAUGCCUUAACUAUUUUUUCCUCAA